AUGCGAUUCCCCACAUUCAGUAGCCUAGGUCUCUCAUUUCUCAUUUGCCAACUGUCUGAUGGUGCACAAGCGAUGGAGUUGAGGGCAGGCGGCGCCUCCGUAUCGGCUGGCAACUCUAUGAGGUCAGAAAUAUCGAAUGGCAGCUUCAUGUGGUCAGGAACAUCGGCUGGCAGCUCGUUGGAGUCAGGAAUAUCGGUUGGCAGUUCUCUGGAGUCAGGAAUUACUUUCUCCUCAGCCGCUGCAGCGCAACAAAUUCGACAUUGGAUGCCCCCCGCAGCAUCUCCCGAAGUCAGGCAAGCUGUUGCAGAGUUCCAGAAACAUUUUGACCGGUUUAUUCAAGAACGUACUCCAGAUUUAGAAAUUCCAGAAGACGCAGAUGAGAAGACGCUUGCUCUGUACUAUGCCAAAAUCAAAAUCAAGUGGGAAGGAUGGGACAAAAACAACCCACUCAGGCGUUUCAUCGAAGGCAUGCAGGAUACGCAAUAUCCACCUGAAUAUCCACCUUGCUUAAUACAACUUGGGUUCAAAACCAUUCUGGAAGCCCACAAUCCCCCAGCUUCACUAUUCAAGGAGUGGCUUACAGUUCUUGCUUUUACUGUAAAUCAACGCGGAGUUCCGACAUCACAUAAAAUCAAAUCUACCUUGUAUGGUCUCUACGACCUGAAGUUGAGAUACAAAGAAGGUCACACGCUUCGCCCACACAUCGAUAUAAUGACCAGGUUUGUUUUUGAUCUUCACGACCACAAUGCUUUUUGGGGAGACUUUUUAAGAUGGGAAAAAGAAAUCACUGAUGCAUUAAUGUUUGGAUUUGGAGAUGAUAUACGAAAUCGAGCUGUGUUUAUGGAAAUUAUCAAGGGUGAAGACCAGCUUCAAGAUGCAAUGUCCUCAUCUCCGGACCAAGGUUGGACAUCCCUAAACACCCUCUAUGUCAAUUUUGAUUCAUCAUCAGCUCAUAAAAGAGUAGCAACCCUGGCUGUCUUAUAUCAUCUGAUGAAUGCAUAUAAGAAGGAACCAGUUCUCAUGACACUGCUUAAGAAGUUUCGUCAUCGCCGCAAUGAUCUUCUACCUCAUGAGAAAGGACUUGUUGGACACAUGUUACAUAAAUUUACACGACCCCUGGAUUAG